CGCUGACGGCCGGGCGCUGAGGCCCGGAGUGACGGGCGCUGCGCAGAGCCCGGCUCCCCGCUGCGGAGGGUGAAGGAGCCGAGCCCGGCCAGGCCAUGCCCGGCCCCCCGGCGCUGGGGGCGGCAGGCCCCGGCCCGGACCCGGAGGAGCGCUACGACUUCCUCUUCAAGCUGGUGCUGAUCGGGGACGCCAGCGUGGGCAAAACCUGCCUGGUGCAGCGUUUCAAAACCGGGGCCUUCGCCGAGCGCCAGGGCAGCACCAUCGGCGUGGACUUCACCAUGAAGAGCCUGGAGAUCCAGGGCAAGCGAGUCAAGUUGCAGAUCUGGGACACAGCAGGGCAGGAGAGAUUCCGAACCAUCACACAGAGCUACUACCGAAGCGCCAAUGGAGCAAUCCUAGCCUACGACAUCAGCAAGAGAGGCUCUUUCCAGUCCAUUCCUCGCUGGAUUGAGGAUGUGAGGAAGUAUGCUGGUUCCAACAUAGUACAGUUACUGAUUGGAAACAAGUCUGACUUAAGUGACCUUCGAGAGGUUCAGCUGGAGGAGGCUCAGAAUCUGGCUGAACACUACGAUAUCAUUUGUGCCAUAGAAACAUCUGCGAAAGACUCCAGCAAUGUGGAGGAAGCUUUUGUGAAGAUGGCAACGGAGCUCAUGAUAAGGCAUGGAGGCCCCAUGUUCAAUGAGAAAAACACAGACAACAUCAAACUUGACAGCAAAGACAUAGUAGAAGGCUGGGGGCCAUGCGGUUGCUGAUACAAGCUAGGUGGUAUCCCUGACUGUACUGGAAUUUAGAGGGAUGUCUCCCCCUAAGGCUGAGGAGCACAGUAGCUGUAUCCUCCUCCUGAGAGACCAGCAUUUUUGUAGAUGUUAGACACCAAUGCAAUCAAGAUUUUGUCUUUUACUUUUAAAAAGGGACUUUGUUGAGGUUUAGACCUGAAAAUUCAACCUUCUUUGACAUUUACUCUGAAUUUGCCCCCAUUAUUUUCUUUGCUGCAACCUUCUCAGUAAGUUAUGAAUCUGAGGGAAGCAGCAUGGAUCUGUUUGUUGGAGGGCAGGGAAGGUAACUACACAAGAAACCACCACAUACCUGAAGUCCUAAACCCUUCCGUAUGGGAUAGCUGGCAAAGGUGUAACUAUUUCUGCCUGUAGGUCAGUCCCUUGAUAGGGUCUUUUUAAAUUCUCAGCAUUCCACCAAUGACCACAUACACCAGACAGGUUAGACAGUGACUGUGGCAAAGCUGUUUCAAGUAUCAAAAACUUGAAUGUUUUGAACACAGGACCAAGCAGCAAUCCUCUGUCCAAGAACACUGUACCACCAUGAAAGGUCUCUCCUUGAAAAUGAAAUGUGGCACAUGGACCACUAAAUACUGUUGGUACAAGCUUAAGUGGGCUGUCUCACUGAUUUUUAAAAAAUCAUCAUUCAAAUAGUGAAAUAAGCCUGAGCAAUACCGAUUGCCUGCUUGUUUAGCAAGAUGAGUCAAUACAUUUAAUGUUUCUUAAAUUCACUCUUGGAGAAGGAGGGCUUUGAUUAUUUUGUUACUUAUUUGCACAGUGAAUAGUUCCUUUUCCUACUUGGUGUCAUGGAGUUUUUACCCUCAGCUUUAUUCAUUUCAUUCCAUAACUCAAGCACCACUGGAAAUAAGAACUGGAGAAGCCUUGAACAGACUUUGCUAGCCAUGACUGACUUUGGAAUGCUGUAGUAUGUCUAACUGGUCACAUACAAAGUUAGUUCCAAUCACAUGUGAUGAGCAUUAAUUUUUGUUGCCAGAGGUUUCAUUGCACAAGUGACUGUGACUGUCCCAUUCUUUAACUACAGCCUGGGCAUUUGAUGGGACAAUGAACUUCAGAUUAGCUGAGGAUUGUAUGAAACAUGAUUUCUUGGCUAUAGGAACGUAUUGAGAUCUUUCUGAUUCCCUCUCUCACAAUCACAAGUUGCCGGUUGCUUUUCAUUUCUUGCAGAUCUUCAGCAAGAAAAAUCUUUUUACUGUUGACCAAAAGUCUGCAAUAUUAACUAAAAUUGAUUUUAAUAACCCAGCUAAGUAGUUGGCUUAAAGAUGUAGCUCUUUAUUAUGAGCUUAUGUUGUGUCUGCAGUUAGAAAGUGCUGACGCCAUCAACUAUCCCUGGAUUUACCCUCUCAAGCACCUUACAAACAGGGAUUUACAAAAGGAACAGAAGCUGGAUUUUUUAAAUCUACAGUUUAAAACCAAGGUUUUCAGAAUAGUGAUUUUGGGUGCCUGACUCAAGAUAUUUUAAAAGAGCCUGAUUUUCAGAAUACACGUCCUCAAAAAUCAGGUCCCCUUAAGGUGUUUCAGGUUGCUGCACCUAUUUAAAAAAAAAAAAAUCAGUAGUUGUUUUUGAAAGUCUUAACCUAAAAGGAUAGGGUGUAUUUGGAUUAUUAUUAUUAUUACCAGGAAUACAGUUUAUGGCCAUUCCACACAUAGAAUGAAAGCCAAGAAACUAGGAAAGGGCUAAUAUCAUUGACCCUGUUUUAAAUGUUGAUUCAUCAGAAAAAUCAUUUUCCUGCAGAAAAUGUUGAACUAUUUUCUACUGAAGUAGUUGACUAAAGAAUGAUGUAUGUUUUGUAGACUGUUUGCUUGUAAUUUAAGAUAAACUUGACUUCAGAUUUUAUAGUUGUAAGAAUAAAGGGGCCUUAAAACAUUUAGUUAGUUUAGUUUUCACAUUUCUAUUUUAUAUGGAAAUGCAGGGUGAGGCACAAAUAUAGUUUUUGGUUUUAAAUAGGGCAGUUUUCCAGGAUACUCUAGGGUCUCCUACAUCCAAAGAUAAGAGGCACUGAGUGCCCAGAAGUAACUAAACACUGGAGAUGAAGUUUUUCCAAAACUCUAGCCAACUAACUUAGUAUUGGUUACUAAACAGCAAACCCCCUACUCCAUCCCCAAAGAGGGGUUAAAAGUCAGUUUAAUCUAGAAAAGAGGUCUGAUUAAAAACUAAAAUUCAGUCUUGAAAUCUUUUUUCUAGUGAAAAGGUUCCAUAGCAAAUAUAUUUAAGAACCUCUCCUGUUUGUUGAUCAGCCUGAAUAGGCUGGGUAGAGUUAUUCUGUCCAUUUCUGAAGUGCUUACAGUAGAAAAGCUGACAAGGUCUUAAAGCAGAGAAUACUUGUGUCUUGUCAUCAUAAGUUUUAGUGUACAUCUAUAAGCCCAAAUCCAACAAUUUGGUGUGCCAACACAUGGACCUUUACAUCAAUCCACAGUCCCAUUAUUUACAGGACUGGUGCCAAGUUACAUUCUUAAAACCAUGCUAAUAAAAAUUCAUGUGCAUGUAAAAACAAGAAUAUUGAAACUACUUAGAUCACAGCUAAUCUUCUGUAGCUUAGAUAAUGCAUUCUAGGCCUGGAUGAGCUAUAUAUCUCAAGAGCCAGAAAGGACCUGGACCCUAUUCCCAUUGCAUUCAGCGAAAGUUUUGCCACUCACUAUAAAUGGAGGCAGAUUUGAGCCCAUCAUGUUAAAGAAUAUAAGCAUGCGAGUUUCUUUAAUGUUGACCUAAGUUUAGCAACCGAAUAGAAAUAAAUCAAGCACUUUAUUUUUUUCUUAAUCCUUUGCCAUAGUUCACCUGCUGUUUCAACUGCAGGGUUGAAGUUUAAGAAUCCACCUGCAGAGCUUAGUCUGUUUCAGUCAGAAGUUACUAUAAAACACAGUACCAGUUGUUUGUUUACUGGGCCUUCAAAUGAAGGAUAUGCUUUAGCUUCUCAGAUUUUCCUGUAAAGCUAUAGUCCUUUAGUUUUAGAGCAGCUAUGUCUUCUCACUUAAAAAAACACAACACCCCCAUAAUACAAGUUUGCAUGUCCUACCUAGCAAAAUGUCAGGGAAUAAAGAAAUGGAGAGAGGAACCUCAUUUAUCCAAAUCAGUUUGCCACAUAUCAGUCAACUGUACAGCAUUUAGGUUCAUAAUACACUGUUUCAACUACCCCAGCAGCGUAUACCAUACAUAUCACCUGCGUGUGAUAGUAAUGGUACAGUCCUCCUAGAUGCAUGGUUCUUUGUACUGAAAUAUAUUUAACCAUGAAAACAGAAUUUAUAUCUUUUUCAAUAAUCCCUUUUAUAAACUUUACUGUUUAGCUAGCCUUUGAUCGAUGUCAUAUCCAUAGCUAUGCAAUCUAAGCAGUAGGAGCUAAAUCCUGCUUGCUUUAUUUUCAGUAAUCCCAUUGAAACCAAAAGGAGAAUUGCGCUAGAGGAGGGUGAGCAGGAUUUGGCCCUACAUUUAUAGGCACAAAACUAUUUCUUGGAAAUCUCAGGUUAGGAACCUGCAAUGAUGUACAUCAAAUGAGUGGCUCAGUAGCAUACUAACACAGUUUAAGGCAUAAAUAUUUGCUAAGAGCCCUGUUUGCUGGCAGUUGAACAUUAGCAAAACAAUAUAUAGCCAUUACACUGUUGGGUAGUGCAUUAAUUGCUUUAGGCAGAUCAUCUUAGCCUACCAUUACUUUUAUAGUAUUUAUCGUUUGCUUUUGGCAGUACCCGAAGUGUGCUAAGUACAGUAGAGUGUAAAAAAAGGGGUAUUGGUCCUUGCCCCAAACAGCUUACAAGGUGAAAUUCAAUGGCAAACGGUGAAAUGAGAAUUCUUACAGAAUUUUAUUCUCUUUGUGUGAAUGGUGCUCUUCCCUGUUUUGGUUUGGAUAGAACUAACUUUUAAAUUCACCUCCUGUUGCUGAUGCAGUCCAUUUUGAUGGGCAGAAUUUGUGCAAAUAUUUAUAAUUGUGUCAUUUUCAAAUGAAUGUGUAUUAGCAUAGAACCCUGAUAAUAAUUUGUUUUGUAAAACAAACUAAAAAACUGAACACUGGAGAAAAAAAUCCCCUAAUUAUGGUAUCAGUUUUACUACAGUCAAGGUCAUGUCACAUUCUGCAGUGUUUGUUAACCUCAAACAGGAUCUGACCCAGCUGACCCUCCACUUCAUGGAGUUUCACAAGAGCUUUGGCUUUACUUCAGUUUUUUCAUUGCCUCUGGAGUUCUAUAAUGGUACGCUAUCAACAAGACUGCAUAAGAUCAGAUUUACUAAAACAGUAGGUUUUAUUGUUGUGUAGUGCUGACAAAUUGUUCAAGCAGCACUAUUCUUAAACAAUAUUGAAAAGCAGUUUUUGAUUAUCUCCUACCAUGUAUUGUUCCAUUAUUUAAUGUUAUAGUCGAAAAUAGUAUCUGACUGGCCAUUUGAUUGUCUCUUGCCAUCUGGUAUUGAUUCCCAGUGACUCUGUAGUGGUAUUCUCAACUACACACACACGUCUAAAGUAAAAUUAAGGUAAUACACACAAGCAGAUUUGCAUAAUGUAAGUCUAAAAUUUAAAGAGCAUUUAUUGGCUAAUAAAUUACUGAGUAGUUGAAGUUAUUUAGCUUCAACCACUGUGCCUCCCAGAGUUCAGGUGUACUUUAACAGAUCAGCCUGUACAAUGGAGGAAAACUCAUUGAGAACAAACCAUUCUUUGAGAGCUGGAAAAUAAAAGGGAAAGGUGACUGUCUGAUAUCUUCCAAGAUUGGAAGGUAUAGUUUAGCACCUGUUAGUCCUGUUCUCUGUAGACUCAUUCAGGACAUUAACAAGGCUCAAGACUGAGGUAGAUAAACAGACACACAAACCAGAUGUAGACAAAUCUAGACAGAGUUAAAAUGAUUUUUUUUUAGUUCUCAUGGAAAAUCUAAGGUACUUAUAUGGCUUCCAUUACCAUAGCAUCUCAAUGUCUCUCAGUCUUCGAUGGAUUUAUACUCACAACACCCCUGUGAGGUAGAGAGGUGGUGUUAUCCCAAUUCACAGGCACAGAGAGACUAAGGCUAUGUCUACACUUACCGGGGAUAGAUGCGAUCGAUGCAGCGGGGGUCGUUUUAGCGGGUCUACUGAAGACCUGCUAAAUUGCCCACAGAGUGCUCUCCAGUCAACUCUGGUACUCCACUGGAACGAGAAGAGUAAGGUAAGUCAACAGUAGAGCGUUUUCCAUUGACACUGCAGUAAAUCGAUCUAUGCUACAUCAACUCCACUUACAUUAUUCACGUAGCUGGAGUAGCGUAACUUAGGUUGUAGUAGUGUAGACAGGGCCUAAGUGACUUGCCCGAAGUCACACAGGCAGUCUGUAGUGGAGGACCUUCCCCUCACAGCCAUAGUGUAGAAGGCACAGGUGGGGAAAGGGGCAGAGCAAAAGUGAUAAUGCACUCUGGCAAUGUUCCAGGGCUCUAAGUUAUCCCAGACCUGACUAGUCCUUAGGUUGGGCCUUUAGGCUGCUCAGAUGCACUGCAGGCCUGACCAGCAUACAACUGUUUCAGCUUUGGGAGCACAAAGGCCCAGCCCCGUUCUGAGCUGGCUCUGGGUACUCCUCAACCAUAGCCCUGGGACUAAGCCAUUGCUUCUAUGGGGCAUGAGGCCUUGUCUACACUUAGAGCACUGCAGUGGGCACAUCUACAUCAGUGCAGCUGCCUGUUGUAGCGCUUAGUGAAGAUGUGCCACCUCCCUGAGCGCUGUCUACACUGGGGUUUAGGUUGGUAUAACUGCAUCGCUCAGGUGAGUGGAUUUUCCACACCCCUGAGCGACACAGUUAUACCAAUAUAAGUUUGUAGUGUAGACCAGGGCUGAGUAACAAAGGCAAGAGAGAUUUGGCUAUUGUUUCACCACUGCACAUUGAAAGCCAUUGUGAAGUUGAUUAGCAGCUGUCUGUAAAUAGGUUGGGGGGCAGGAGGGAAGUAAAGCUUCUUUUCCAACACCAGUUUUACAUUGUUUGUUACUGUCCAUUUCCUACAGACCUUGUGAAGUACGAUUGUACUGUGCACACUCUAAAUUGACAGUUAUCUGUUGCAAGGAGAUAUUUAGCCUGUGGUUACCCUCAUGCAUCUUUCCCCUAGAAAACCUUACAAACUUACUGGUAACAAUAUGAAGCUACUGGAAGAUUCUAGCUAAUGUAUCUUGGCACACUAUCUUUCAAAUUAGACAGUACACAUAGGUCCCUUUGGUCCAUCCUGUGUUUGCUAGCUGCACACUAGCCAUCCCAAGACACUUUGUUUGUUGCAGGACUGGCACAAGUGUUGCCCUGGCCAGUAUUUCCCCCUGUUGGUAUUGUAUUCAGUUCAGAGUGCAUGGGCAGUCCCUUUGGCCUGCACAGUCACAGCAUCACCAGGAUUUAAUUGACCACUUUGUAAUGUACUUUGAGGGCAGAUUUCAACAUCACAAAGAGCAGUUAAGCCCCCAAACUCCUCUUUGUGCCUUUGAAGAUCUUCCCUGGCAGAACUAAAUCUUAUGCAGCCAUUUGCACCAGUGCAAAGUGAAUACAAGACCCUAUCAGGUCAGAGAAAGGUAGCAUUUUACACUGACUUUUCACAGGUGUAAAUGACUAGGGUUGAAUAUCUGCUCAAAAUAACUGGGAGUUGAGUCUUACAGAUCCCUCCAUGUAAAGCCACUGAGCUUUUGAAUUCUGGCUCCAUUUUAUUUAAUUUAGUUUCAAUAAAAAACAGAACUGAUAUAGACUCCGGUCGGUCCUCAUCCCUUAACAAAAUCCUACCAGAGUCAGACAAAGAGCAAACAAAUAUUCCAUUUUAUCCUGGACUCCCCGGUUCUCUGUAUAUUCCACCCCCCCCGCCCCCAAAUGUGACCAAAAAAAUGGGGGUGGGGGAGAUCUUGCAGCAUGCCCUGAAGGACAGUAUAGUCAGGUCAUUUUGCACCAAGUCUAGAGGUGAAAUGGUCGGGAGAGAAUAAUGUUUGAAACUGAACCUACUUCCAUUGUGUCCUUCCUGACAUAAGCAUCUUUUCCUUUAUGUCAAAAGGAGAUUUUUAUAUAACUGAAAUAGUGUCAGAGAUAAAGUUGAAAGCAGGCAGGUCUGUGCACAGGCACGCAUUAGAAGUAGAGAGAGGGGAAAACAUUCAGGCACUACAUGUAAUAAUUGGAAGGAACAAGGUGGCUUGAAGUGUGUCAUUGACCAAUCAGACCUUACAAUUCUUUCCCAUGCACUCAAGUGAUUUGUAGGCCUUUGGAAACCUUAGCUAAUUUUAGAUUUUUCCGUGUUUCAUUUUAGUGCUGACCAUUCUGUUGAGGAACAGCUUUCAGAUGAACCGUCAGGAUUGUCCUGGAGUCUCCAGGAAUUAAAGAUUAAUCUUUAAUUGAAGCUCACAUCAUGUGAUGAAACCUCCACGAAUAUGUCCAACUAAAAUUGGCAACCCUAGCUCUUAUUUGUUAUUGGGGUAAUAAUGUUACACCUGCAUGCUUACACCAAAGCUGGAAUAAGUUUUAGAAUCCUUUGAGGUGGUAGAUGCAAAGAGUGAUUCAAGCAUUCAGAUACAGGGUCUAUUUGUAUUUUAGGAGAGUGCUUAAUUUGUAAUGAAAGAGGUGCCAGGGCUCAAGCAAUUUUUUUACUUUCAUACCUGACACACCAACUCCAGGGGUGCUGUAGCUAUGAACUGCCAGGCCUAGAGGUGCCGGGGCCCAACCCUGGCAAGCCCUGGUACAAAUUAAGCACUGCUUUAGGAUAGCCAAUCCUUAACUUCUUCCUGGAACUGGAUCCCUCUGUUUAUCAGAUCAAUGGAUUUUCUUUUGAAUUUACUCAAAAAUAUUAACUACACAAAAAAAUGGAUAGGAAACUUCAUAUCCACAUAAAUGCUGUCUUUUAUGGUAAAAUGAGAAUGACCAGUGCAUACUUGGGAACUAGGAUCAGGAUAGGAGAUUAUUUCUUUUAAGAGGACUAGCAAAGGGUAAAAAUAGGUUUGUGCCCUCUUCAAAGUUGGUUUUGUUUUUUAAGAAGGGGACAUUUCUGUUUUCAUAGAAUAUCAGGGUUGAAAGGGACCUCAGGAGGUCAUCUAGUCCAACCCCCUGCUCAAAGCAGGACCAAUCCCCAACUAAAUCAUCCCAGCCAGGGCUUUGUCAAGCCUGACCUUAAAAACUUCUAAGGAAGGAGAUUCCACCACCUCCCUAGGUAACCCAUUCCAGUGCUUCACCAUCCUCCUAGUGAAAAAGUUUUUCCUAAUAUCCAACCUAAACCUCCCCCACUGCAACUUGAGACCAUUACUCCUUGUUCUGUCAUCUGCUACCACUGAGAACAGUCUCGAUCUAUCCUCUUUGGAACCCCCUUUCAGGUAGUUGAAAGCAGCUAUCAAAUCCCCCCUCAUUCUUCUCUUCCGCAGACUCAACAAUCCCAGUUCCCUCAGUCUCUCCUCAUAAGCCAUGUGUUCCAGUCCCUUAAUCAUUUUUGUUGCCCUCCGCUGGCCAUUUUCCAAUUUUUCCACAUCCUUCUUGUAGUGUGGGGCCCAAACUGGACACAGUACUCCAGAUGAGGCCUCACCAAUGUUGAAUAGAGGGGAACGAUCAUGUCCCUCGAUCUGCUGGCAAUGCCCCUACUUAUACACCCAAAAUACCAUUGGCCUUCUUGCCAACAAGGGCACACUGUUGACUCAUAUCCAGCUUCUCAUCCACUGUAAUCCCUAGGUCCUUUUCUGUAGAACUGCUGCCUAACAGGUCGGACCCUAGACUGUAGCGGUGCAUGGGAUUCUUCCGUCCUAAGUGCAGGACUCUGCACUUGUCCUUGUUGAACCUCAUCAGAUUGCUUUUGUCUAAUUUGUCUAGGUCCCUCUGUAUCCUAUCCCCACCCUCCAGAAAUUUGUACAUUAGAAAUUCAAAUAAUUUGUAUUUGUCACUCCUUAUGCUAGGUGGUGUAUGUACAUGUACACACAGAGUCCUUGCCCAAAACUGCUGCCUUGUUUUUCCUCUUAGAUUUUUGUGGACACUGGAAUGCAAACCAGCAUGAUGACAUCACAGCAUUCAGCAAUCAGAUGCGAGGGGAUUUUUCUUUGGACUGUUAAAUAACUACAUCUAAACAGAUUUAAACACAAAAUUGGAGGAAAAUUCUUUUCUUGAGGAUUAAGCACCUCACACAUUCAGUUACUGUUUUUUCCUGCUUGCUUUUUUUUACAUUAGAAAUGCAGGCAUUGUCUACCCUGGAACUCCAUGGAGUGCUGAAGAAGUAGUGGAAUUAGGAUAUGACAAGAGCUUAUAAAAUGAAUAAUUAGGAAAGGGCCUGUUUUGAAGUUUGGCAUUUGUUGACAUCUCUUUAACUCCAAAUGUAGUGUUAAAUAUUUAACAUCCCUAGCCCCUUCAGUUAUGAGGUGAGAGAGCCUAAUAUCCACAGGCCCCUUCCCCCAAACAAGCUCCAGCAAAACCAGGGGAGAUCAGACUUGAUAUUCCUGAUAUAAAAAAUUAAAAUAUUUUAAGGCAGUCUUUGAAGCUUCCUUUAUAUAUUAUAGGGAACAAAGGGUGCAAUCCAUUUUAUUUAAAAAAGUCUUUUCAAGUCACCUUUAAAGCAUUGCAGCUCAGUCAAGUUAUUUCCAACAUUAGACUACACACAUUCAGCUAUCAAAGGACAAAAUCCUACAGCUCUCACGAUGGUGGGAAGCUGUGUCCAGUGGGCCAUAAACAAGUGUUGUGGUAGUGUGGGAAGAGACCCAUCCACCCCCUUUUACCUGGUGAAUUAUUGCUUUAAUGACCAUGGCCCCUGGAGACCCCAACCCCACCCAAAAUUGUAAAAGUGUAUACAUAUGUAAUGCCAGUUCUGACAAUUGAUAAUGCAAAAUAACACCUCCCCUUUCUGUUUUAAAAAACCCCAAGUCCCCAGAGAAAAACUAUGUAUGAGAGUUAAGGUUAGAAAAGUGUGUAUUUCUCCCCUUAGUUACAUCUGUUUGAUGCACCCAAACAUGUAUUUAUGCAGGAAUACUUAGACAAGAAUCACUUCCAUAAUUAAUAAUUACACUCCAAAAAGCCAAUCUCCUUACAGUAAAUUAUCAGACAGCAGCAAUUUCAGUCUGCUCCUGAGUAGGUGAAGGUCAGUGUCAUUUUUCUGCAAUAGACUAAGAGGCCAUGAGAUGUUGCUUCUUUUCUUGCUUUAAGUAGGAAAUUCUGCCCUUUGAUUCUCAGAUUCACUUGAUGUUCUCAGAUGGUAUGCAUUCCUCUGAGGACAUAGUGGGUGCGAUUUUGGGCAUCCAAAGUUGAAAGAACAUGGAUGUGAAAAAAUUGUGCAUUGAAAAACAGGGGCAUGCAAACUUGUACUUGCAAUUUGAAGACAAUUUUUGAUUUUUUUUUUUUUUUAAGAUAAGGCUAUAAAGGCCAGUUUUCUUUUUAAGGUGUGCUGAUGCCUAAAACUGAAAUAGGAGUGUAGUGGGAUUUUCAGUAGGAGUCAGGCUGUUAAGCACUUUUGAAAAUUCCACUAGGUGCCUAUCUGCAUGUAAAAGUCUGGACCUAAGAGUUCAGUACAAAAUGACUUGUGUUAGGAAAGGUUUGCACUAACAGAACGUGAUUCUAUUAAAAGACAUUGCGCAUCUUAAGAUGAAAAGCAGAGCUCAGAAGACAAGGGUGUCUGGUAUUUUGUAUUAUUCAUUUCCAGCCCAUUUUUAUUUCAAUCCCUUGUGUAUAAAUAAGUAUUUUUUACUAAGUAAAUGAAUAUUUUAAAAAAUUGGAAAGAUAUUUUAAAUAUGGGAGGCAGUUCAUACUUGAUAAAAUAAUAUUUGUUGCUUUAACAGCAAGGACUGAUACACUGAGGAGAAUAAUGCUGACAAAAUAACAUCAGUUGUUUAAGACCCCCUUCCUAGAGGAUUGAACAUCAUAACUGCUCAGUAAAAUUGUAAGUGGAAUAGAGUGAAAAUCACAAAUUGAAUGACAAAUGUGCCAAUUCAAAGCCCUGUAUGACUCGUGAUUACACCAGUGUAAAAACCAAGUAUAACUCCAGCAACUGAGAUCAGACUCUGGCCCACUUGUCAUAUUUUAUGGGUGAGGUGGAGCAAAGUUGUGAAUUCAGCCUAUAAUGAAGAAAAGGUGGAUUGCUUAUUUGUAAUAUUUGAAGAAGAGGAAGAUUGUUAUUUUGUAAAUCUACACUGAUAAAUGCUGAGACUUUUGAGAUCCUAAUUGUGCUCAGUGCUUUUUCCCUCUUUUGUAAUAGUGUCUCACUUGAUGACUGAUGGUUAGAAAAUCCAGUGGCCCAGGAUCCACAGCAUUCAAAAGAGUCUGGCUUACACAUUUGGUUAGGGGCAAAAAGCUCUAAUUCAUAUUGAAUUCACUCACUGCAUUCCAAAAUUACUUAAAGGUUUGGAGAACUCCAGUGUUACAAAGUAGUCUUCAUUUACUAUGACAGAUCGCUUGCUAAUUGUCUAUGUUUCCAUGAAGAGAUGCAAGCCUCACAUUUCUCUCUCUGAUAACAAUUUUGCAUUUACGCUUUCUUAUGAUAUUGACCAGAUUGUUUGGAAUGUGGAGAUAAGGGAGCAAGCUUGCAUACUAUAGUGAUUUUUAAUAUUUUACAUUCAUCUAUUUAUGAAUUUAUAAUAAAAAUAAGUUUAUUUUUAAAAAUAUGAAACCUGCUUUUUUGGGGUAAAUUCCUAUGGUGGAUACAUGGUACUGUGUAUCGUUAAACAAAUUUCAUUAAAAUAUGCAUUUGGGAAUUA